AGCGGAAGAGAAACGGACACCAAAAGGAGGCUUGGAACGCACGUUGCGCGGAGGUCAAUUUUCAGUGUGUGAGCAGAAGUAGCUGUGGGUCCGUGUGACAAGCGAGGCUAUGAAAUGACUGGAGCCAGACUGUCCCUGUGUGCCUUCAGGAAUCUUCAAGUAUAUGCCAGACUAUCUCCGAAACAUGUAUUUAAUUGUGGCACGUGCUGGACACAUUACAGACUUGUGUCAAAUACCCUAGAACAUCACCGAAUCCCUAUAACUUUCCAAAUCCCCACAAACUCUAGCUCGAUUUUAGCUCAGCAGUCGGGAAACAUUUUUAUAAAUUCGGUCAGGCUUAAAAGUAAGAAAAGUCAGAAGGGCAGCAAAAGUUCACUGCAAGAAGAUGAUGACGAAGAGGAAGAUCCAGAAGAUGUAAGUGAUUAUGAAGAUGAGCCAGUAGAAGACCCUAACAUCCCCAAGGAUUAUAAAGACCUAGAGAAAGCUGUGCAGUCAUUUCGCUAUGAUGUAAUUCUUUCUGCAGGACUGGAUAUCUCAAGAAACAAAGUUGAAGAAGCAUUUUACAACAACUUGUUACGGCUGAAUGGGGAGAAGCUAUGGAAGAAAAGCAGAGCGGUGAAAAUCGGAGACGCAUUGGAUUUAAUACUUGAACAAAAUAAAGAGACUGAAACUACAACAGUGAUGAGAGUCAUCUUGAGAAGUGUUUCAGAUGAAAAGACAGGAACUGAGAAAUAUAAAGUGACAUUACGACGCUGGAAACAUCUAAAGCUAACAACCCAGGACAUGCCAAAAUGAGAGUUGCAUGCUUGUCACUUGGGGAAUAAAUGUGCAAUGUUCAAAAAGACAUUUAAAUGAAAAUGGUUUUAUCCACCUUCCACCCAAAAAAAAGUGUUAUUUUUAACACUGACCUGCAUGACCUAUAGGGCAAUACUGUCGAUAACAUUAUGCACACCUGGGUGCCCGUGUGUGUUGUUUUUAUUAAUCGAGGAACACUGUAAUUUCUAAAUCCUAGAAGGAACAUGGAGUACGUGUGACAUCAAAUCCUGCUUCUCAUCUCCAGAUAUCAUUUUAGUCAUUCUUGUAUUGAUUUUUUUUUUUUUUUUUUUACAUAAAGUUUGAAAAUGAAGACUUAACGUUACUCUCAAA